AUGAUUUGGACCAAGAGUGAACCUGUGGCCUGCAGAGCAGAUUCGCAUCCGAAGUCCUUCAAGUCCUCAGUAUUAUUCCUCAGUAUUUGUGAUUCUCCUUUGCUUGUGCUUACCGUUGGGCUCCGGGCAGCAGCUGACAUCGCCGACUUUGAGAAUGACACCGGAUGGAAAGCGGGAGGCACACGGAAGCAAUAUUCCGGCUCCGUGAAUGUGGAGCCACCAAUGGAAGCAUACCAAGGAAGGCGCUAUAUUCAUGUACCUGAAUUCGGCUUCUGGCAAUGCAGACCAGGCAAGCAACACAGAAAUAGAGAAUGA